GAUAAUAGAACUACGGAACGUCAUAUCAACAUGGUUACGGCUAGUUGUUCCGACGCGAUAACGAAACGGAAACAUUAAAACAAUCUUGAAUUUAAGUUACAAAAAUAUAGGAAAAAAGUUAUAUUAAAAAAUUAAAUAUCUAAAUUGUAUAUUAACGUGUGAAUAGUGUUAUUUGAGUGUUUAGUUAGGGAGCAUAGAAAGUUUAUCAUUUUAUAUUUCUAACAUGUAGAAGAAAGAUUAGAACAAAUUAGUUACCAGUACUACAAAAUUAAAGGUUAUUUUUAAUUUGAUCAGUAUCAUCAUAAUGUCAUAAUUAUAAAAGAAAUUGGAUAUAUCAUGAGCUGCUCUGUAGAAUUAAGACAGCGUAGACAACAGGGGAUGGCGGAGGAUCCUCAUAAACUUGCAGCAAUGAUGAAUAAAUCUCAAAGACUUGUGUUGGGCCUGUUAGUUUUAUUAUUAGUUGAUAUCAUUUGGGUUUCUAGUUCUGAACUUACUAAAUAUAUUUACAGAGAAGCAGCAUUUGAAAAACCAUUUUUUAGUACAUAUGUGAAAACAUCGAUGUUUACAUUCUAUUUACUUGGUUUAUGUUUUUGGCCUCCAUGGAGAGAUCAAUGCAAUAAACCAGCAACAUAUAUGUUCAUAGAUCCUAAUGUAGAAGAUGAUAACUUUUAUUCAGAAGCCAACACAAGUUUGAGUGACCCAACAUUUGUUCCAAUAAAAACAUCAGAUCAUUGUGAUCGUUCUUCAGGUACAGAAAGUGAUGAUUCAUCAAUACGUUCAGUAAGAUUUAGUAAAUUAGCAGAAGUUCGUCAUAUGUCAGAAAGUGAUGCCACAGAAGCAUUAUUAGCAAGACUUAGUUAUCAAGCAAGCUUAAGAGCUGGAGAACAUGCAAGACGACAAGCCAAUAAAUUUUCUGUCCAAAAAGUUGCUAAAAUUGCACUUAUGUUUUGUUUACUUUGGUUUAUGGCAAAUUAUACUUAUCAAAUAUCAUUAGCAAGAACUGAAGCUGGAAUUGUAACUGUAUUAACAUCAACUUCUAGUUUAUUUACUCUGUUUCUUGCUGCAUUUUUUCCUAGUAAUGGUGGGGAUAAGUUUACAUUAUCUAAACUAGUUGCUGUCUCUAUUAGCAUUCUUGGACUAGUAUGUAUAAUUAUAGCAGAUUUAACUAUAGAAACUAGUAGAAUACCUACAGGCAUAAUAUUGGCCCUAGUCAGUGCAUUUUUUUAUGCAGCUUAUAUAGUGUUUUUAAAGAGAAAAGUAGAUCAUGAAGAUAAGAUGGAUAUUCCAAUGUUUUUUGGAUUUGUUGGACUUUUUAAUUUGACACUUCUAUGGCCUGUAUUUUUUAUUCUUCAUUAUGGCCAUUGGGAAGAAUUUGAAUGGCCAGAUACUCAUCAGUGGACAUUUUUAAUUAUCAAUGGUUUGAUUGGUACAGUUUUAAGUGAAGUACUUUGGUUGUGGGGUUGCUUUUUAACGUCAUCUCUUAUCGCGACUUUGGCAGUUAGUUUACUUAUGCCAAUGUCAAUGAUAGCUGAUGUCUUAUUAAAAAAAGUCGAAUACCCUUGUAUUUUCUAUCUAGGAACCAUUCCAAUGCUAUUGGCAUUUCUGACUGUAUCUCUUCUAUCAUAUUAUGACAAUUGGGAUCCAGUAAUGGAUUUAAUAAAAAGAAUUUAUAUUUGGAUUUGCAGGAAAAAUAGAUCAAUAAGAAUACCAGAUCUUGAAGCAGAACAAACAGAAUCACUCAUAGGAAUAAAUAGCGGCGAACACGAAGCUUAAUUCGACAAUAACGAAAAAA